GCAACGGCAACGGCAACGGCAACGGCAACGGCAACGGCAACGGCUGCGGCUGCGGCUGCGGCUGCGGCUGUGGCCUGUUACUGCGGCAACGGCUCCCGGCGGGCGACCGCGGUGAGGGGCGGCGGGCGCAGCAAUAAAACAAAAUGUCAUCAUCAUCACAAUCAUCCUCGUCUUUACCUGUACUUGACUGUACUUCUCCUUUAGUGGACUUUGAUCCUCAGGAAAAGUUUAUUCUUCCUCAUGCUACUGAGGGAAAAACAUAUGUACUACUGGGACAAACAGGAAAACUCUGUUCACUGAUUCAGCCAUAUAAAAAAGGUUAUCAUAGAACUACAAAAGCCAUCCAAGAUAAAAAAUAUUUUACUGAUCAAAGCAAAGGAUCUGACAGUUUGGAACAUCACCUAGGAAAAUAUUUGAACAGUGAAAUCAUUGACACUUUGAUAGAGAAGCUAAGUGAAACUGAAACUCAAAAUACAAAUCUCAGGAAAAAAAUACUUGAAAGAGAGAAACAGAUUAAAGAACUUUCAUCCAUGCUUCAGUGUGAAAAAAUCAAUACACAGAAAGGAAACCACCUGUCAAGAUCAGUAAAGGAAGUACAAGCUCACCUGCAGUGUCAGAUUCAAAGAAAAGAAGCGAAAAAUGAUGAAUUAAAAGUAAAAAUACAGAAUCUAGAAAAGAAAAUAGCAAAGUGGAAACAUCAAGUUGGUGAAUACAAGCACCAGAAGUCAGCCUUAAAAGAAACAAGUGAACAAAACAAGAUAGCUCUGAAAAAAGCAACGAAGUCCCAGAAACAAAGAGCUCAAUUCUUUGAAGAAGCUGCAAAAAAUUUAACCUCCAAAAUAAGAGAACAUGAAGUCAAAUUGUGUGAGAUAUGGUCCACUGCUGAUGUCUGGAAAAACCAGCAUGAUAGAAUGCUUGAAGAAAAGACAAUGUUAGAAAUUCAAACAGAAGAUCUUAUGAAUCAGAUCACAAGCCUGUUGGAAGAAUUGGAAAGAAGGAAGGAAUGGAGAAGAAACUCAGAGGAGGAAAUUCUCAGAAAGCUAAAUUCUGGUAACUCUGAAAAUGAAAAUAUUUACCUUGAAAAUGAAAAAUUAAAGGCUUCCAUUGCUACAUUGGAGAAAAGUACUGUUUCUGUUGAACAUGAGCUGCUACAUCUGCAGGAAAAGGCAAAGCUGCAGGAAAAUCUCGUUGAACAGCAUAAAAAUGAGGUACAAAAGCUACAAAUAGCAGCAGAGGAAUUGAAAUCUAGGUAUGAAAGAGUCUUAAAUGAAAACAAAAAAAUAACAGAAAACAAAUGCUUGGAAGAAGAUAAGGUGAGGGACAAAACGGAGGCUGAGUUAAAGGAGUUAGAACAUGUUUGUGACUUGCUGAAAGCAGCUGAGGAAAAGCAGCAAACACUUAUGUUCUGAAAAAGGAUCCAUGCACAGAAAUGCAAAACCCUUAGGAAGCUGCAGGUUCAGUCUGAGUAUGAAUUUUCUUCAGCUUUUUUUUUCUGUGACAUCAGUUUCAACGGCAGGGAUGACAAUAAUGUAACUUCUAUGGGCAGUCUUUCCUUAGAAGAAGAGAACUGUAACAUUCAGAGGAAAUAUGAAGCUCUUAAAAGGCAAUUGGGAAAGAUGGAAUUUCAGAAUGAAGAACUUGCUUGUCAGCUCAGAACACAAGAUCAGAGUCUUCAGUGCAGUAAAUUGAAGCUUGAAGAGAAAAUUGCAGAAUAUAAUGCAUUAACCAGACAACUUGAAUAUGCUUUGGAAAAGGGGAGAAAAAUGGUAGCUGAAGAACAGGAAAAAAUGUCAUACAAAGAACAAGCCUUCCAGACAAAACUGCUAGUUCUUGAAACUGAAGUGAGAGAGGGGAAAGAAGAAAAAGAACAACUCCUCUGCAUAUUUCACCAUAAUGAAAAGCACCAUGAAAUAUGUUUGAAAGAGCUGGAGAACAGCCUGCAGAAGUCAGAGAACAAGAACCAGAGCAUCCAGAAUUAUGUGGAGUUUUUGAAAGCUGCAUACAUAACAAUGUUUGGCUGAACUCUUUAACCUAUUUUAAAGUGAAGAAACUUUUCAAGAUUUGGCUCUAACGAAAAGCUGGAAGAAAAGCUUGUUGCGGUCUUAUAGUAUUUUGCAGGAUUGAGUACUCUAAUGUUAGUUCUUCCCUAGGAAAAUGUCUGUUGUGGGCAGGGAGAAGCAGGUCAGUCAUUACUGUAUGUCCUACUGGCUGGUCAUAUAGGAAGUGGACUUGGUAUUACUGAUAUAAACAAUUGUACUGUUCAUGGCACAGAAGUGAAAAGGCAGACUGCAUGACAGCAGUGGCAGGAGUGUAAGUGUGGGGUAUGCACACAAAUUUCUACAUUGGUCUGUGAAUUUACUACCUUAUGUUAGGUUCUGUGCUGUAAAAUCUUACAUGUGUCCUUUUAGUCCAUAGUAAAUGCAGGUGAUCACAGGCUAUCUUUCAAACCACGUGGAGGAAGAAAACACCCAUGGACUAGUUGCACAGUAAUCUGCAUAUUUUAAAUAUCUGGAAUUAUAUAGUGUUUAUCAGUCAUUACACUUCUGUUACUGUAGAAACCUAGUUGCCUGAGAAAAUGACAUCUAACCUAUUAAGACAGGCAAAAACUUAGAGCAUUAUGUUCCCUUCCUUUCUUUUCCUUGUAGUUUACCACCAAUAUGUCAUGAACUGCUGCACUGCAUGGGAGAGUUGCCACCACAAGGCUGUCCUGUCCAGCCUUUUUUGCCCUACAUUCCAUAAUGCUCAGGAAUAUACUGAAGUAAUAUUUUGCAAAUAUAAGUAGGAAAGCAUUUUAAAUGCAUAUAUAGUUUAAGCUCUGAAUGUGCUGAUAUACCCUUUCAUGGUGACACAGGUCCAGUAAGAUAUUUAAGUAUUUGUGUUUGAGCUCACGAGCUGCAGUUGAGUAAGACUGAAUUGUGCCUCAGGUUAAACAUAUGUAAAUAUUCAACUGACAUAGGGAUAAUACAGAAACCAGUUCUGAUUUUGGUUUUAAUUCUAAAUUCUACUUGGUUUUAUAGAUAUAUGCCGUGAUAUGUUUUUGGAAAAGUAGUGCAUUCAGUUAAAUAUAUGUAAUUUACAACAUCUAAUUAAUAAUUCAUAUUUUUUGACAGAAAACAUAAGUUAGUUCAUGCAUGGACAAUACCUAUUCUAUUUCAUUUUUAGUUAUUCGUAACAUGUUGAACAUUGAUGUCUUUUCUUUUCUGUCUUUUGCAAAAGCUUAUCCAUCCUAACAAAUACUAAUGCACUAAUGAUCUGCUUGUGUGCACUUUCUAUAAAAAAAAUUAUAAUUUAUUAUACAUGACAUGCUAGUAAAAAAUAUUUCUGUUAAAUGUGGAGAGGGGGGUUACCUUAAACACAUACAGAAAUAUUUGUAUUCAUUUAGUUCUGCUUGUGCUACUUAUAAAAUAUCAAAACAUUUUUGAAAAUCAUCAUGUAUGAAGGAAAGAUUUUAGAAAUAAAUGGUUCAAUCCAGUCUAUGACUGGUUUUCAAAA